AUGGACAUAUACAGUCCAGUGUAUGAGCAGAUGAAGGUUGACAUCCGAAUGAAUGUGAAGACACGAAAUGUUGAAUUGAUGACGAGGCGUGACACCCCAGAUGUUAGUAACCUUCAAAAGUGUGCAGAUUUUGUGCAUGCUUUCAUGCUUGGUUUUGAUGUGAUAGAUGCAGUUGCAUUGCUGCGAAUGGAUGAGCUUUAUGUUGAUUCCUUUGAGAUUAAAGACGUUAAGACCCUUAAAGGAGAGCAUCUGUCUCGUGCCAUUGGAAGGCUGUCUGGUAAAGGAGGUAAAACCAAAUUUGCAAUUGAGAAUUCAACAAAGACUCGGAUUGUUAUUGCAGACACAAAGAUUCACAUAUUGGGAUCCUUUGCCAACAUCAAAGUUGCUAGAGACUCUUUGUGCAGCCUUAUCUUAGGAUCCCCUGCAGGGAAAGUAUAUUCAAAACUUAGAACUGUUACUGCAAGAUUAGCUGAGAGGUUUUGA